UGAGUACAAAUGAGGCUCUAUCGAAUGACGAGGAGAGGGAAAGUGAGAGGAGAUGUGUGGAUGAGAACAGACUGAGCAUGUUAUCAAUGCAACAGUUUACUUCAGUCAACCCAGGCGAACAGUACCAACAAAUCGGCUCCAAUAACGGGGUGUUGGGGACAGAUGAAGCCAAUAUGGGGGAUGCUUGUUCUCAGAAAAUUGGAUCUGCCAAGUACCUCAGGCUUCUGCUGUUUAUUUUGAUUCCAUGUAUUUGUGCUCUCAUCUGUUCACUGGUUAUCCUUUUGGCUUUUGUAGGUAUAAUAGGAAAAGGCUUCUUUGAGUCAAGUGAGAAUGACCUUCUGUCCACCAGUGACAGUGCCCGAACAUCAAACAUUCCUAUCACAAACAUUUCUGAAAGUUUCCCAUUGGGGACUACUCCAUACACUGACCUGGGCACCCAGUCUGUCUUCUCAACUAGCAGUGGUGACCAGAACCCUAAAGCAAUGGAUAAUCUCACGCCACGCUCAGAAAACACAUCUCCGAGACCCAGUCUUCUAACGAAAGAACCCACUAGGGAGGGCUCGAGGCUGCAUAGCACAGGGCAAGGCAACAGGCUAUGGUCCAGCAAGACAUCUACUCUACCGGACUGGAUGGCAUCCCUUUCAACGCUUAGCCCUAUUGUACAGGCUACUACGCAAGAGCCAGCAAAGCCCUAUCCAGACAAUGGUGCCUGUACGGAUAUCAGUGUGAAUCAGUGCCAAAUACUUCCCUACAACCAGACCACUCUCACAUCCCAACUUUCCAUAGUCAAAGGUAUUGAAGUUGAGAUCUUCCUCAAGUUCUUCAGUUAUCUGAACCGCCUCAACUGCUAUCACCACAUCAUGCUGUUUGGCUGUAACUUGGCUCUUCCAGAAUGCUGGAAUGAAGGCGACAAAAGGAGAGUGAUUCUUCCCUGCAUGUCAUUCUGCGAGGCUGCAAAGGAAGGAUGUGAACCAGUUCUCCACAUGGUGAACGCUUCCUGGCCAGCGUUCCUCAGGUGCUCUCAGUUCAGCAAUGACACCAUGGCAGGAAAUGGCAGCCAAACCUGCUUCAGACCCCAGACGGAGAGAGGGGAGUCACUUAUGUGUGGUGGACAGGAGAGCUUCCCGUGUGCCAGAGGCAUCUGUAUCCCCAAGAAGCUGCUGUGUAACGGCUACAAUGACUGUGAUGACUGGAGCGACGAGGCGCACUGCAACUGCACUGAGGACCAGUAUCAGUGUGGCACUGGGAAGUGCCUGAGCCACAGUUUUAUAUGCGAUGGCUAUGAUGACUGUGGGGAUCUUAGCGAUGAGCGCAAUUGUGAGUGUGAUCCAAAGGAGGAGCACCGGUGUGGAGACGGGAGGUGCAUCACCUCAGACUGGGUGUGUGACGGGGACCACGACUGUGUCGACAAGAGCGACGAGGUCAACUGCUCCUGUACCAGCCAGGGCCUCAUGGAGUGCCGCAAUGGGCAGUGCAUUCCCAGUGCGUUCCGCUGCGACGGGGAGGAGGACUGCAAGGAUGGCAGCGAUGAGGAGCACUGCAGUACAGAGCAGAAUCUGAGUCUGUGUGCAGCAGGAAACACUGACUGCAGGGACACCUUCUGCCCUGGUGGUUGCAGUGAUAAUAUUGCCUGUGACAACCACAGUAACAGCAUGAACUGUAGUCGCUGUGAACCCAUUACUCUGGAGCUGUGCAUGAAUCUGCCCUACAACUUCACCAGCUACCCCAACUACCUGGGCCACCAGACUCAGAAGGAGACGUCUAUCAGCUGGGAAUCGUCCCUCUUCCCAGCCCUGGUCCAGACAAACUGUUACAAAUACCUCAUGUUCUUCGCCUGCACCGUCCUUGUGCCAAAGUGUGACCUGGAGACCCACAAGAGAGUGCCACCUUGCAGGUCAUUGUGUAAAAAUUCCAAGGAGCUCUGUGAGUCAGUCCUGGCCAUCGUUGGACUGCAGUGGCCGGAGGACACAGAUUGCACUCAGUUUCCAGAGGAGAACUCCGGCAAUGAAACAUGUCUGAUGCCUGACCAAGGUGUUGAGGAGUGCUCACCAAGCCACUUCAAGUGUAAUUCUGGAAGGUGCGUGUUAGCCUCGAGGAGGUGUGAUGGACAAACGGACUGCGAUGAUGACAGUGAUGAGGAAAACUGUGGUUGUACUGAGCGGGGGCUGUGGGAAUGCCCGUCGAACAAAGGGUGCAUCAAACAUACAAUGAUCUGUGAUGGAUUCCCUGACUGCCCAGACCUGGCAGAUGAAAAGAAUUGCUCUUUCUGUAAAGACAAUGAGAACGUGUGUAACAAUCAUGAGUGUGUGCACCGCAGCAUAUGGUGCGAUGGCAAAACAGACUGUUCUGACAGCUCAGACGAAUGGGAUUGUGUGACUCUGUCAAAGACACCCUCAUCCCUGCUGACCAUCCAUAAGUCUGCCUCGGACUAUCAGGUGUGUGCUGACAACUGGCAAGAAGAGCUGAGCAUGCUGGCCUGCAAGCAGAUGGGUUUAGGGGAUCUGCCCACCACCCACAUUGUACAAGACCAACAUGACCAACCAGGCCGCAGGAAGUGGCUGCACCUGAGCUCUGAUUGGAGACACAAGAACGGCUCCACCCUCCAAGCACUUCUGGUGAAAGGGCAUGUCUGUUGGAGCCGAAGCAAAGUGUCACUCCAUUGUGUCAAAGAAGACUGCGGCCGUAGACCUGCAGCUCGAAUGACCAAGAGAAUUCUGGGAGGCAGGACAAGUCGGCCUGGCCGCUGGCCCUGGCAGUGCUCCAUGCAGAGUGAUCCCAGCGGCCACAUCUGCGGCUGCGUCCUCAUUGGCAAGAAAUGGUUGCUGACAGUGGCACACUGCUUUGAAGGCCGGGAUAACGCUGAUGUUUGGAAAGUGGUGUUCGGUAUCAACAACCUGGACCACCCAUCACCCUUCAUGCAGACCAGGAAGGUGAAGAGAAUUAUUCUCCACCCAAGGUACAACAGAGCAGUGGUGGAUUAUGACAUCAGCAUAGUGGAACUGGAUGAGGAGAUUAAUGAGACCAGCUAUGUGAGGCCUGUGUGUCUACCCAACAAAGACCAGCAUGCACAGCCAGAUACAUACUGUUACAUCACGGGAUGGGGCCACAUGGGCAACAGGAUGCCCUUUAAGUUGCAAGAAGGAGAGGUUCGGAUUAUUUCAAUGGAUCAGUGUCAAUCUUACUUUGAUAUGAAAACCAUCACGUCUCGUAUGUUAUGUGCAGGAUACGAAUCUGGAACAGUGGAUUCUUGUAUGGGUGACAGUGGCGGGCCGUUAGUCUGUGAAGAGUCUGCAGGACGCUGGACCUUGUAUGGGCUGACAUCCUGGGGAUCUGUUUGUUUUUCCCAAGUCUUGGGACCUGGCGUUUACAGCAAUGUAACUCAUUUUGUGGAAUGGAUCGAGAGACAGAUAUAUCUCCACACGUUUCUCCUCUAGUAGCCUGUGACACGGUAGAGAUGGGAGGGGCUCUUUAAAACAAAUUGAGACAAAAGCUUUGGCAGCUAGAGAUUAAAAAACUGUGAAGAUGAUUCCUGGGAAUCAUAGGAUCUUCCGGAUCACAAAAUAUUUACAUUUGAUGGAGGGUGAAGGUAUUAUUUUACCCUAGACUCCAGUGAAGAAUUGUCAGAUGCUUCUAGCAUUUUCUCUGAAUUUGUAUUCACUUUGCUGUUUUACCAUUCCAUGGGAACAGGUCACUUGGCUUUGAGCCUCUUAGGCUGGGCUGAUUUUGAUGCUGUCAUUUAUUUGUAGAGCUGCAUUGGCGCUUUGAUCAUAACCGUGAACAAUGCGUUUAGCAUCUUGUUGUACAAGUCACAGUAGUAUUUCUGUUUCUAUAUUCAAGACUGCAACCUGCUUGUUUAACAGUUUCGUAAGUCCUGUCACUAACAUCGUUUUAACAAGAACAUUACCCAAGCUUACCACUGCUCUAAAGAAAAGAUCAUAAUCUAGUAUACAUGCAGGGUUUUCUUAAACUUCUGUACAGUCUAAACAUACUACAAUUAUCUGUACUUGAUUAUCACAGUUUGUUUUGAACUUUCUACACUUUAAUAGAAGGGAAGAAAAAUACUAUUGUAUUGUUGAAUUCCUAGUGUGAAACAGGCAUCAGAUGAGAUUAUGUGUAAGAGUCAACAGGGAUACAGGAGAAAUGGCUUGGAGCCAAGUGGACCAGAUCCCCAUUCCAAAUGUAAAGACUACUUCAAGGUAUUCUCAAGGGUUUUGACAUAGAAUAUGUCUCUCUGAAUGACUUCAAAAUACUUCUGUAAGCAUUAUAUGUAAAAAUAGGAACGCAACAAACUGGUAAAUAUAUGUAUGCACAAGGCAACACUUGAUAUGUCCUGUAUUUUGCCAAAAAAAAAAAAAAAACCCAGAAAAGCCAUCUCUCCUAUUUUGUCACAACAGAGAUGC